UGUGCUCUGUGUCUAGUGAGAGAAGCACAAUUUUUGGGUGGAAUAUUGUUUAUAUUUUCUUUUUUAAAUGAACGUUUCAUGUUAGUUUAAUGUUCUAUGCUUCCGGUCUUUGUUUCGAACGUUUUACAACACUUUUCAAAGCGCAGUACCAGCUAAUAAGCUAGAUGUCACAGCAUAAAAUACAACAUAUUUUAAUAUGCGUUUUAUAUAGUAUCGCCUAAAAUAUAUCCGACAAGAUGGGUUAUGCGUAUUGUGAUAAUAAGUUAUUAAAGUAUGACGAGGCGUGUUUGACAGUGAAUAAUUUUCAAACGAACAUUAUUAAGUUAUCUAACGUCAGUUUGGAAUGUUACGAGUGUUUGCCGCAGCUUUUCCAGCACAUCGUUCCCACCUCGUCCAAAUCUAUUAUUUAUUCGACAAGACAUCCAACCGUUUUUAGUUUAAUAGGCAAAAAUAUAAAUUUCAAUACAAUUUUCACGUUUGAACAGCAUGGCCAUUACGGGCUCAAUGUUUCGAAAAAUGUUGACUACUAUGUGAUAACUCCUCCUCCUGAAAAUGUUUAUAAACCGCUGUGGAGUGCUGGUAUUUUACUACUCGUCAUAUUUUUAUUAUACGUGAUAGGCGCUUGUAAAUCGUUUUAUUCUCGCCUUUACUCCAUGAUAGUCCGGCCGAGCGUUAUUAUAAGAGAUGCUGAAAAUGACUUGGGAGUUUCAAGAAUGUUCGACUCAACCCCGCUUAUUAGCACGUCUUCAAUUCCGGAAAGUAGUAACAGACGAAACGCUUCCGUGGAUACGUUCAGAGGCAUUACUAUAGUCCUGAUGCUUUUUGUCAAUUAUGGUGGAGGCAAAUAUUGGAUAUUUCAACAUGCUGAAUGGAAUGGGAUGACUAUUGCCGAUUUAAUUUUCCCAUGGUUCGCCUGGAUCAUGGGCGUUAGCAUCGUUUUGUCUAUAUCCAGUCAACUGAGACGGACGGUGCCCCGAUCGGCAAUCUUUAGCAAAGUUCUUCUCAGAAGCUUAUUGCUAAUUGUUAUCGGGCUUGCACUGAAUUCUUUCAAUAAUAACAACGUGAACAAAUUGCGAUUUCCGGGCGUUUUACAGAGACUUGGACUGUCUUAUUUUAUAGUUGCUUCUCUUGAGACGAUGUUUUUACAAGCGCAGAAUUACAAUUUGACAAGUCGAUUGAGUCAUAUCAACGAUAUAAUAAAUGGCUGGGUACAAUGGGUCUUCAUCAUGACGCUUGUCGGUAUUCACAGCUACAUUACAUUUAACGUUGAAGUGCCUAAUUGCCCCAAGGGUUACCUUGGACCGGGAGGACUUCACGAUAACAAAAUCGCUAUGAACUGUACUGGUGGAGUAGCAGGAUAUAUCGAUAGGAUGCUUUUUGGGACACAGCACUUAUAUCAACAUCCGACUCUUGCGAAAGUUUAUUUUACCCAUCAGCCCUUUGAUCCAGAAGGACUUUUAGGAACUUUAAACAUGGCAUUUACUGUAUUCCUUGGAACAAUUGCUGGUAAAAUUUUAUUAUAUUUUGGCAACCAAAUAACAGGACCUCCAGUAAGGUGGAUGGCAUUAUCAGCAUUGUGUGGUUCUUUUGCACUGAUACUUUCAAAUGCUUCGAAGGAAGGCGGUGUCAUUCCAAUUAAUAAAAACCUAUGGUCUCUUUCUUUUGUAUUCGCCACGUCCUGCCUUGCGUUCUUCACUCUCUGUAUUCUUUACAUGAUAGUCGAUUAUUUUAAAAAUUGGAACGGCUCGCCAUUUAUUCAAGCGGGGAAGAACUCUAUUCUUUUGUACAUCGGGUCCGAAGUGACGAAAAGAAGCAUACCGUGGAACUGGACCCCAAUUUCAAUGUUGGAUCACUCGGCAAUUUUAUACAUGAAUAUUUGGUCGACGGCAUUAUGGAUUCUUAUCGCUAUUUUUCUCAACAACAAUAACAUUUACUUAACUAUAUAAAUGUUAUUUAGUGUCACAGGUUGUUCAUUUCGUACAUAUAUGAAAUGUUAUACUAUUGAACUGUACUAUUUUUGAUUUAAUUAUUUAUAUAUAAAUAAUACUUUUUUUUUAAAAUUGUAGUAUGAAGAGAAAUAGUUAUGUUA